GUGGUACUGAAAGCUGCCCAUUGGAUGAGCUAAAACGGUCUGGAUAUUUGAUACAAUCCAGCAAUCGUGGUACAGAACGGUAGCAGGAAUCUUCACAUCUCAAAACGUGAUGACCUCGUUGCGCUGCAAAUAGCAUUGGAAACAGGACUUCGCAACACUUUUCGUGUCUCCAUGACUAAAACGGCUCGCCGGCAUGCCUGAUUUAUUCAACUUUGUGCCCAGUUCUCGUCCAGUGCACCACAUGUUUGUCUACCCGCUGCGUGUAUUCCAUCUCACGACACACUCCCGCUCCCGUGUUCCAUCCGACUAGAUUUUUUUCCCCAUGCUGUCACACGAAACCCCACUCAUCCACCGUCCUCACCGAGAGCGCCAAGAGUCUCGUAUUGACAACGAGAGCACGAGGCUUAGCAAGCAGCUCUCUCGGUCCUUUGAUCAUGCAGGUUGCCGCUCUCUAUGCGGAUUGAUAGUAGCUAAAGGCAUCAACUGACGUGUUUGUUUACUUUAGGCAAAAGAGAGGCUGUUGUGUGAAACACAAAUCUGGACGCCUGCUUUGCAGCUGCGUUGGCAUGAUGAGCGGAUUUUCAAGGUUGGCAAGAAACCCCUCGCGUUCAUCGUUCCUCCCUCCUUCGUAACUUUAUACCAGACCCGCGGCUACGAAUACUUGAAAGGUGGCCUAAAUUAUAAGAAAAUUUAACAUGUCGUCCUCAAAUACCACCCAGAGACUAACGCCAAGGACCGUGUCGUCGUCGUCGUCGUCAGCCGCUGUUAAGCAGCUACCAGAACAGCAUUUCUUCGCUUCUUCCUCAUCAACCUCUACUACUUCAUAUUCACCCGUAACCGAAGUUCCCAACACGUACAAUUCUACUGCACACAAGCAACGCCACCAGAACCGCACCAAAGAAGGUCGUCGUUGGUUCCCGAGUCCAAGACCAAGAUACAACACUGAUGGGAAGAAGUUGAAGCAAGGGAGUAGCUACCCGUAUCCUAGUGGCGGAAACCGACUUCCAUUUGUGAAGAGGGAGAAUAGGAAGGCAGGAGCUAUGGUAGAGGUAGAAGCCAUGUGGGGUGGUAAAACGAAUCGCGAAAACGAUGAGGGGCGAAGGAGGGAUCCGCUGGCGAGCACAAAUAACAGCAAGGUCAGAGAGAAGGGCAAGGGCAAAGAGAAGGCAGUGGAGAUGUGUAGUGUGAAUGGUACCACAGCGGAAGAAUUUGACAUAUUGCUACAAAAUGCUGAAGUCGAUACAUCACAUUACGGUGGAUUGACAUCGUCUCCACGUUGGUCAGGGGCAUCGACAGGGGUCUUUGAGCCAAAUAGGGGCUCGAAGCGAGACGUCAGCCCUGAGUCAACAAAGCCAAAUCAGACUUCGACAAGACAAGAUCUAUCCCCAGACGAAGGAUUAUAUGAUUUCAAAUGUGAAUAUCAUCAGCAGCAACAAAGCAGGGGCCAGGCACAGGAGUCCAAGAUUAACGAAGCAGACAUCGACUGUGCCCGACAGAUCGAGUACUCCUUUAAUGCACCUCCUUUUCUCACAGAGACAUUUGAUGCCAGAAUCCGAGCUGCCGCCCAUCCGCUGCUGGUCCCCUAG